AUGUCUGUACCUACAAUCAGCUUACACGAUUUCGAUGCUCGUCGUCAGGAGAUCAUCAAUGAGUUGAUGGAUGCUUCUACGAACGUGGGUUUCUUCACACUAUCAAACCACGGUAUCUCACCUUCAGAGGUACAAGCUGCGUUCGAUCUCUCCCAGCAGUUCUUCGCUUUACCUGACGAGGUGAAAUCGAAGACUGCUCUGAAUGGCAAGAACGCAGGGUGGGAGAAGAACACCCAAGUGAGACCUUCAACCGGUACUGCCGAUCAAAAGGAAUCUAUCCAAUUGCAGUUCGCUAGGAUGGAAGGUCUUUGGCCUAGUGAUGAGGAUUUACCUGGAUUCAGGGAGAGAACAGAAAAGUUUAUGAACCAAGUUCGAGAUCUCUCGGUCAAGGUUAUGGAGUGUUUCGCUGAAGGACUUGGUCUACCUCUCGACACAUUCACCGAAGGUACUGUUGAUCCUGGUGUAGGUGAUUCUCAAGAUGUAUUGAGGUUAUUACAUUACCAUUCGACCGAGGGAAAGACAUUCGGACCUAAUUUCUGGAGGGCGGGUGCUCACGCAGAUUUCGAUGUUCUGACUAUGUUAUUCCAAAGAGACGGAGAAGGUGGAUUGGAAGUCUGUCCAGGGCGAAAGGUAGUAGGCGAUUUCGGUAUGGGUCAAAAUUGGUUGCCUGUCGAGGCUAGACAGGAUCGUAUCGUUUGUAAUAUCGGUGAUCAACUUAUGAGAUGGUCAGACGAUCGGUUGAAAUCGACCUACCAUAGAGUAAGAUUGCCCGAAGGUCAAGAAAGCAGAGGUCCGAGAUAUUCGAUCGCUUUCUUCAAUCAGGCUAGAACGGAUAGUAUCAUACAAGGUCCUCAAAAGAAGUAUCCUCCCAUCACCGGAGGAGAGUUCAUUGCCGAAGCAAUGGCUAAAAACCGAAUGCAAUCUGCCGAAAUCGCCAAGAAAGCUGCUAUGGAAAGUGCAGAUAAAGUAGCUUCAGAGGUUCAUUUCGUACCUCAGCACUUGCAAGUUGGUGCUUAG